AUGGAGGCAGCUGGGCUCAUGAAUGACUUCCCAUGUAUUGUUAUCCGAGGCAUUUGUGACUAUGCGGACUCGGGCAAAGGGAAAACCUGGCAAGAAUAUGCUGCAGCCGUAGCCGCCGCAUACGCGAAGGAACUCUUAGGAUGUGUGCAGCCCAGUGUUGUUGAUGCCGAGGAUUCAGCAAAGGCCAUAUUGGAAAAGGUGCAACAACAGAUCGAUAGCGUACAGCAGACAACAGCUGCAACAAGAGCUACGACUGACUCCAUCAGAUCUGACCUUCACGCCGAUGAGAUCAAGCGCUGGCUUUGUCCCCCGGAUCCAUCUUCAAACGCCAACCAUGCCAGGACGCUUCGCCAUGAGGGGACUGGCGCGUGGCUGCUCGAAUGCCCCGUCUUCCAAGCGUGGCAUUCGGGGUCACGUCAACAGUUAUGGUUGCACGGGCUCGCGGGAUGUGGAAAGUCGGUUCUUAGUACGACUGUGCUUGACUAUCUCGCGAAGGGAAACGACGGUCUUAUCCUUAGCUUCUUCUUUGACUUUAACGACGUCGCAAAACAGACAUUGGAAGGCAUGCUACACUCGCUUGCUUUUCAACUUUACCACGGCGGGGUAGACUCCGCAACUCAUCUCGAUGCUUCGUUCCAGGCAUACCGAAAUGGCAACGACCAACCUACGACAAAGGUGCUCUGGGGUGUUGUCUUAAAAAUGCUCGUAGCCCAGAGGAAGGUCUCUAUUGUGCUGGACGCAUUGGACGAAUCGGAAACAAGGGACGGUGUGCUCGAGUGGAUCAAAGAUAUGGUGUCUAGGCCAGAAUUAGGCCAUGUCCAGCUGCUUCUUACCGGUCGACCUGAAUCCGAGUUUCUACGCGACAUUCCCCCCUUAAUAGGAAAGCAAAACAGCCUCGCACUUGAUAAGCAAGCCGUCAACUCCGAUAUUCGAUCCUGGGUUACAGCGCAACUUUCUCAACGGCGUGAUUUUACAGAGAAGCCCUUGUCCCAGAAACUUCUAGGAGAGAUCAGAAAAAAGGUUGGUGACGGCGCUGACGGGAUGUUCAGGUGGGCAUUCUGUCAAUUAGACAGCCUGGCUCGAUGUCGUCACGAGGCAGCUAUGGAGGAGGCUCUUGAAUCUUUGCCGCUGAAUCUCAAUGAGACAUACGAGCGCAUGUUUGAAAGCAUACCGACGGAGUUCAAGGACGACGCGACACGGCUUCUACAAUUCCUAGUGCAUUCCAAGCGACCUCUAACGCUGGCUGAGGUUACAGAAGUAAUAGCGACGCAGAUUGAAAACGAGUCACGAGGGUUUGACAUGAAGCGUCGAUUGUUUUGUGAGACUGAUAUCUUGGCUUACUGUCCCAGCUUAGUGACAGUCGUCCAUGCCGAUGAUAAAGAGUUACAUCUUGCCCACUUUUCCGUGAAAGAGUACCUUCUCGGUCAUGAUCAGUUUCAGGUCACAGCUGCCAGCAUUUCCAUUACGAGGACGUGUUUGACAUAUUUGACGGACAUCAACGGUAGCGAACGAGAGAUGAAGCGGUAUUUUCCGAUGGCAGGAUAUGCGGCCGAAUAUUGGUCAUGUCAUGCUGCGUUAACUCUGGCCUAUGAGGAGAUUACCCAAAUAAUAGUCAGCUUUCUAGAAAAGGAAGAGAAAUUCCAAAGAUGGGCUCGUUUGUAUCAGGCUGAUAGGAGUUGGGACGAUAGCCCUGGUGUUCCGCGAGGCUCUAGGCUCUACUAUGCUUGCUUCAGUGGGCUUAUGGUGCCUGCACGCGAUCUUCUUGACAAGGGAGCAGAUGUCAACGCGCAGGGCGGCUUCUACGGCAACGCUCUCCAGGCUGUCUCACUGGAAGGCCAUCAGGAGAUUGUCCACCUCCUUCAAAUAAGAGGCGCUAUUACAUCGUCCGCACAGUAG